CUUAAUCUUGACCAUCCAGGGUGAUUUUGCAGUUGUCCUCGUGUCUCAUACGCCAUGGAUGUUGACGAGUUUCCCACAUCUCCUUCCAAACGCCAAAGAACAGCCUCGCCUGACGGAGACCGCCCUUCUUCUCAGAAUGCGAACUUAACUAGCGGAUGUGAUGUUUUGACGAUGCAGGCGUCAACAGAGAAUACUUCGACUAUUCCUGGACUCGGCCAAUUAAAAGAACAAGUGUUGGAAAAUAUGACUAGUUCUCGGGACCCGAAUUCUUUACUGGAUGCGCUGAUGCUCCAGGUCGAAGCCGAAUCCUCUUCUGCUGCGCAACUUCAGCCGUCCUCAACCCAACCUCUCAUGUCCAUUGCAGAUGGUGAACAGAACACCACACAAGAGAAUCCGAUGGCUGUUGGGGUACAUGGGUCUCAAGCAGAAGUACAAAAUCCUCGUCAGGAUACCACAACUAUCGACUCAAUUAAUGUAAACGAGGGCGAGUCGACCGCUCAAGUGACACAAAACGCUGUUGCCCAUGAUGCCAUGGUCGGUAUCAACGCGGACACCAAUGAAGCCAUCCCGACAGUGAGAGACGAGGCCGGUGCCCCAGCUGCUCCGGUUGUGCCAGAGAGUUCUGAAGACAUAUCUCCAGCAGAACACUUGCACCCUCAUGAGACCGCGGCCGAGGGCGCAGAGUGGGAGAUCGACUCUUCACCUUACGAAUCAUCUUCAGACUCCGAUUCCUCGGACGACACCACAUCUUCGGAUGAAGACAGCGAUGAAGAUGUUGACGGAGAAUAUUCAAUGCUUGAUCCAGAAGAGACAGCUAGGAUGCUGAUGCAAGAAGAUGGAGGCUCGGACGACGAAGGAGGUAGAUCCCGAGACAAAUCAGAUGGUGCCCAGCUGCGGACGGCAAAUGAGCGACAGGAAGAAGUGAUACCGAAGCCUGAUAUCAUUGUGACCAAUGAAAUGAAAGUCGAAGAAUUGGGCAAUGUUGAGUUCGUGGUUGAGAGCACAGUGGUGAUCAAAGCGAAGACGUCUGGAGAAUACCAGGUUCUCGAGUCUGGAUCCUUGAUCUGCCUCGAAAACCGAUCUGUUGUCGGGGUUGUCGCAGACUUGAUAGGGCGAGUCGAAGAACCCCGGUAUACGAUCCGAUUCACCAAUGACGAGGCUAUCGCAGAGGCUGGUCUCUCGCAGAUCGGCACUGUAGUCUUCUACGUACCCCAGCAUUCAACCUUUGUUUUCACACAGCCUCUGAAGGCCGUCAAGGGCAGCGAUGCAUCGAAUUUCCAUGAUGAAGAAGUGGGUGAUGAUGAGAUGGAGUUUUCGGAUGACGAAGCUGAAGCAGAGCACAAACGUCAAAUGAAGGCGAGAAAACAAGGAAGGGGGGACACUGGUAGAGGCCGUGGUGGAUCAAAGUUGGCAAGAGGAUCAUCACAUCGUGGUAGUCGUGGAGCACACCUUCACCAUAGCACCGAUAACAACGGUUAUGGUAACGGGUCGAUUCAAAUGAAUUAUGAUGAUGUCCCGGACGGUGGUGAUGAAGGGUAUACUCCCCUUCAGAGGCCUGACAAUAUGGCCGAGGCUUUGUCGAGGGGCGAACAACCUCAAGAGAACAGUCACGGCCAUCUACCUCCUCCUCCACCGUUUUUCCAGAACGGUAGACCUGAUUUCGGGGGAAGAGGCAGAGGUCAUCUCAGAGGACGAGGAGGGACUUCGCGAAAUAACCGCGGCGGCGGCGGAGGGUUCAAUCACUCUCGAGGUGGUGGCGGUGGCUUUAAUAAUCGCCAACAGCAGCACAACACCCACAGUUCCCAGGGUGGCUACCGACCCAACGCACCAGACCUCAAUCUUCCUACAACCCCGUCGAUCACACCACACAACAUCUCAUACCCUCCUACUACACCAUCGCCGAUGACUCCUCUGCCCAACGUCUCGUUCAGUUUCGGGGAGAUGCAAGCACCACAAGCUGGAGUUCCCUUUAUGCCACAGAUGCCACAGAUGCCACAGAUGCCACAGAUGCCACAGAUGCCAAUGGGAAUGUCUCCAUCGUUCUUUGCUCAGUUUCAACAGACGCAGCCACAGCCAUUUCAGCAGCGGCAACAGCAGCAACAGUUUCCACCACAAUUUCCACCCUCCAAACACGGUCAGCAGAAUUUUGCUCCUGGUACCGAGUCCAAGACUUCAUCGUCGCAACCGUUUCACAAUCCGGGAGUGUGGGCAGGUAAUCCUGCUCUUGCGGCAGCCUUGCAGAGACACGCAGAAGAGCAGAGAAGGAACCAAGGGUCUUGAAAUGGUUUUGUAUAGUGUUGUUGUGGGUCUCAAGGCGAGACACCAAGGAGGUACGGUAUCUUUCCCUGCAUUUCUCGGUGGCAAUGUUCUCGGAAAGUCUUGUUGUAUCAAGUAGGUAAAUAAGGCGAGGUGUGAGUAUCCAAGUAUCUACUGUAUCAUAACGGCGGUUGCUCGACAGACGACAUCAUU